AGAAAGCAGGUACUUAUAGUCUCACGAGGUUAACGAGAUGACAAACCCUGUGGCUCCUCAGACGGAUGAACGCUUUUUCUGUCCAAACCUUUACAGUUGGAUCACUGUCCUGUGAGCUCGAAUCAUCUGAAUUCAGGAACUGAAUUAAAAGGACUGUUGUUUAUUCUGUGACAAACUCAUUUUUGAGGGAAAUUUUAUUAUUUUUUUCUUGCAUGUGAAGAAACUGCUUUUCAUCAGAGAUCCAUUCUGCCAUGCAAGGUCAGCGUUUUUCAGACGGUGUGCGCAGACGCUGGAGAUCCGCUGUCUGGACCCUCACCUGUCUUUUAGUCUCACUUCUGCUUCUGACCGUCAUCGCCGUCUUUCAGUUUGGAGAUCUCAAGUUGACACGGAGAUCAACAGUCUACUCAUAUAACACAACGCCUUCAAUGACAACACCACCGCAAGCUUCACUACGGCUGAUCAACGGCAGACAUCGGUGUGAAGGUCGUGUGGAGGUCCUUCAUAACGGCUCCUGGGGGACGGUGUGCGAUGACGACUGGGACAUGGUGGACUCCAACGUGGUUUGCCGGCAGCUGGGCUGUGGAAUAGCUGUGACCGUGGGGAGCAGCUCCAGGUUCGGUCAGGGUUCCGGUCCCAUCCUGCUGGACAAUGUGGACUGUAAAGGGGGAGAAAGAGACCUGAGUCAGUGUGGGAAUCAGGGAUGGGGAAUCCAUAACUGUUACCACUAUGAGGACGUGGCCGUCACCUGUAGAGCCAGUGUUGUGGAGUCUCGAGCAGGUCUGGAACCCACAACACCAUCACAGAUCAUUUCUGGAACAAGAGAUGGUGCCAUACGUUUGGCGGGGGGACCGGACCGGUGCCAGGGCAGGGUGGAGAUCUACUAUCAGGGUAACUGGGGAACCAUCUGCGAUGAUGAUUGGAGCAUGAAAGACGCAGCAGUCGUGUGUCAACAAAUCGGCUGCAUGGAAGCGGUCACCGCAACAACAAACGCCUACUUCGGCUAUGGCACGGGACUGAUUUUGCUGGAUAAUGUGAACUGUAAUGGGCAUGAGAGUAACCUGGCCACCUGUUACAGUCUGGGCUGGGGGAUUCAUAACUGUGGCCAUCAUGAGGAUGCAGGUGUCAUCUGCUCAGGUUCAAGUUCCACCACAAUCCCAUCUCUCAACACAGAGACUAUAGGCCGAGGAUCUAUGCCAACAGAGAGCACAGCAGUGACAGAAAUGCCAGUAACAGAUACUUCAACAACUACCACUGCAGUCACCACAGCCUCAACAACAAAAGCGAAAUCUAGCAUCCGCGUGGUGAACGGCAAUAGCAGUUGUCAGGGGCGCGUGGAGGUUCUUUACUUCACCAUCUGGGGAACAGUGUGUGACGAUGACUGGGACAUGGAUAACGCUCUGGUGGUCUGCAGACAGCUGGGAUGCGGCCCACCUGUUGCAGCCAAACCUCUGGCUUACUUUGGCUACGGUUCGGGUCCCAUACUGCUGGAUAACGUCGACUGCCGGGGCAACGAGCAGAAACUGACAGACUGCUUCAAUCUGGGCUGGGGACAGCACAACUGCGGCCAUCACGAGGACGCUGGAGUUAUCUGUGGACCUCCUUUGCAGUUUGAGGAAUUUGGGGGAAUGGAACGAGACUUUGGAAUAGGAAUAACAGAGAGGAUCACUACAACCACAGCUUCAACUACAACAGCAGUGGAAGGUACCACGAGACUCGUGGGGGGCCAGCAUCGCUGCGAGGGCCGUGUGGAGAUGUACCUGAGAGGCGAAUGGGGUACCGUGUGUGAUGAUGCCUGGGAUAUUCCAGAUGCUAAGGUGGUGUGUAGGCAGACGGGCUGCGGGUUGCCCAGGGACGUUCAGGUGCAGGCUUUCUUCGGGCAGGGUCGUGGCACAAUCCUGCUGGACAACCUGAAAUGCACCGGCACGGAAGCGAAUCUCCUUCAGUGCUCUCACAUAGCAUGGAACGUCCACAACUGUGACCACUCGGAGGAUGCCAGCGUCACGUGUGCACUCUUGUGACUCCACCCAUCACAGACCCCGCCCACAAUCUUCGUGGUCCAGUUUGUGUGGUCAGAGUGGAUUCGUAGGGUUUUGAUUCCAGGACUUGUAUACAUUUUUGUAAAUACCAGCUCACACCAAUACUGAAGAAUAGAUUUUACGUUUAUAGAAAUACAUUUUGGGUGUGAAAGAAGAAAUAAAUUAUGCUAGUCACUGUUAUAUAAAUAACUGUUAUACUAAUAUUAAGGAUGGAAAUUCUAAUUAUGCACUUUAUAAACUAUUAGAACAUGUACACAUAGGUGUAUGAAUAAAGUGAAGAUAUUGUAAAAACAAAGUUUUUUCCUAUGAAAAUAACAAGCGUCAUGUACAUGUCACUGAUAUAGAGACGGAGCACACCAAGCCAUUCACACAACUCAAUCUAGUGUACUGCACUGCUGGUAAAUGCUUUUCUAUGGUGGUAAUGGUAAAAAUGAGAAUUGAUUCUUUGUGGAGGUCUACCUGAAGUUAAGUUUGGGCCACGUAACAUUUGUUUAUGCUGUUGCCUCUGAAACAGUCUAUAGAUCAAUGAUUUUUAUGACAUAAUUUUGCACUUUCUGCAUUCUUUUUGGGGGGGGUUAAACAUCCUGCAGAUUUAGCUAAAAGAAAUAUAGAAAAAUAAGGGAAAAGAAAAGAACAGGUUGCCUGGGUGAGCAGUAGACGUCUGACAGUGGCAAGAAAACUUCCCCGAGAUGUAGGUAGGUAUCAUGUAGUAGAGUAAGAGAUGCUAAGAAGACUUUACAGUGAGGAUGCAAGUGUAAAUGUGUCACUCCAAAACCAAGAAGCAUGAGUGAGAAUUUGGAGAGAAAAUGAGACAUUCUGAGUGUUGACUAGAGUAAUGACUCACAGGAGGUAAUUGUCGUCUAAUGGUGACCUCAUGCUCAUCUAGUAAAUUAAAACUGCUUUUGAGAUUUUAAACUCAAACAUCCAUUAUCAUAAGCUGUUGAAUAUUUAAGUUAAGACAAAAAAAUCCCACUGGCAUGU